UCUAUGGUUACUCAAGGUCCCUUGUAGGAGCAAAUCAAACCUUCCCUCUUCGAGCAGAAUUAAAGUGGUGUUUAUUGAUGAUUAAAAGAUCCUUCAUGUCAAGAAAGGUUUCGAAUCCUAGUAUUGUAGGCUGGAACCAUCCUACCAAGCUCUCUAUAGGAUUAUAAGGUGGAAGGCAACUGCAGUAGUAUCAAAUGUGUUGAAGAUCAUAUAAAAAACCAGACAUCCAAAUAUCGCCACUGUGUACAGACGGAGAAACGUAGACUCCUUCUGGACUCCGGCCACCGAAGCUCUCUUCCUCCGAGUUCGACUCGUCCCUCCCCUCGAGCUUCUCCUCUCCCCUCCAAAACCCUAGAAGAAAUCGACCGGAGCUUCCGUCGCACUCUCCUCCCCUCUUGUCCGUGGCUGUUUUCUUCGUAUUGGAGAUGGGGGACGAGGUCUGUACGACGCAGCUGAUCCACAGUGACGGGACCUUCAACGUGGAAGGCCUGGAGCAGUUCGUCAAGGCUGUGAAGCUCUCCAAGUUAGGCCUCUCCUACGCCGUCGUCUCCAUCGUGGGCCCGCAGAGCAGCGGAAAAAGCACCCUUCUUAAUCAUCUUUUUGGAACAACCUUUGGGGAAAUGGAUGCCUCUAAAGGAAGGUAUCAAAGUACCAAAGGUAUUUGGAUAGCGAAGUGUGUUGGCAUUGAUCCUUGCACAAUUGUCAUGGAUUUAGAGGGAACUGAUGCAAGGGAUAGAGGAGAGGAUGAUACUGCAUUUGAGAAGCAAAGUGUCCUCUUUGCAUUGGCAAUUUCUGACAUUGUAUUGAUAAAUAUGUGGUGCCACGAUAUUGGCCGUUAUCAUGCUGCUAACAAGCCUCUUUUGAAAACUGUCUUUCAGGUUAUGAUGCGCUUAUUUAGUCCUCGAAAGACAAAAUUACUGUUUGUUAUUCGUGACAAAACAAAGACUCCAUUGGAACUUUUAGAACCUUUACUAAGGGAGGAUAUUCAAAAGAUUUGGGAUACUGUUUAUAAGCCCCAGGCUCACGAAGGAACCACACUCAGUGAUUUUUUUAAUGUGGAGGUCACAGCUUUGUCCAGUUAUGAAGAGAAGGAAGAACAAUUCAAAGAGCAGGUUGUACAACUAAGGCAGCGUUUUUUUCAUUCAAUUGCACCAGGAGGUCUUGCAGGAGAUAGACAAGGUGUCAUUCCAGCUUCAGGAUUUUCUUUUAGUGCACAGCAUAUUUGGAAAGUCAUACGAGAGAACAAGGACCUUGACCUUCCUGCUCACAUGGUAAUGGUUGCUACUGUUCGAUGUGAAGAAAUUGCAAAUGACAAGCUCAGUUGUUUGGCUUCUGACGAGGGUUGGUUAGAGUUGCAGGCGGCUGUGCAAUCUGGUCCAGUAUCAGGCUUUGGGAGAAAGCUUGGCUCCAUUAUUGAUGCUUAUCUAUCAGAGUAUGACAUGGAAACCACUUAUUUUGAUGAAGGUGUCAAGACUACAAAACGACAGCAGUUGGAAUCCAGAAUACUACUUCUUGUUCAUCCUGCUUUCCGGGCAAUGUUGGGGCAUCUACGUUCUAAAGCUCUUGAUAAAUUCAGAAGUGAGCUUGAACAGUCGGUGAAGAGUGGGUUCGCUGCAUCAGUUCGCGAUUGUACUCAGUCUUCUUUGCUUGAAUUUGAUAGAGGAUUUGCAGAUGUGAAAAUUAAGCAUGCUAAUUGGGAUGCUUCCAAAGCAAGGGAGAAGCUUCAACGUGAAAUUGAAGCACAUGCAUUGUCUGUUCUUGGUGCAAAAUUGUCGGAACUUAGAGCUGAUUACCAGAGACAAGUAACUGAAGCACUGGCUGAGCCUAUAGAGUCACUAUUUGAUAAUGCUGGGCAAGAUACUUGGCCAUCGAUGAGGAAACUCUAUAAGCGUGAGAUGGAGAAUGCUUUAUCAAGGUUUGCAAAUUCUCUUUCUGGGUUUGAACUGGACCAGGCAACUUAUGAUAAGAUGAUGGCCGAGUUAAAGGACUAUGCAAAAAGUCUGGUGGAAAAGAAAGCCAGAAAAGAAGCUGGAAAGGUUUUGAUACAUAUGAAGGAUAGGUUUUCAACUAUAUUUAGUCAUGACAUGGAUUUGAUGCCAAGGGCCUGGACUGGGAAAGAAGAUAUAAGAAAUAUCACAAAAGAGGCCAACACUGCAGCUUUGAAGGUUUUGUCUGUAUUGGCGGCUCUACGCUUAGAUGACAAACCGGAUAAAAUCGAGAGUAUUCUUAAAUCAAUACUUAUGGGUGGCUCAGCUUCCCGAAAGAGUCUUGAAGCUGCAGCAGAUCCACUUGCUUCAAACACAUGGGAAGAGGUUCCUCGAAAUAAUACAUUGAUCACACCAGUUCAGUGUAGGUCAAUUUGGAGACAGUUCAAAACAGAAACUGAGCAUAUUAUCAUCCAAGCAAUUUCUGCACAGGAAGCUCACAGGCGCAGUAAUAGGUGGCUGCCUACUCUGUGGGUAAUUGCUUUAAUUGCAGUUCUGGGUUUCAAUGAAUUUAUGAUGCUUCUAAGGAAUCCUCAAUAUUUCUUUGGACUGUUUCUUUCUUUCUUACUGUGUGGAGCUCUAUGGUUUCAACUUAAUAUUGCUGGAGAAUUCCGCAAUGGCAUGCUUCCAGGACUUCUUGCACUGUGCACAAGAUUUCUGCAGGCAGUUACGAGCCAUAAGAAACUUGCUGACAAGCGUCACAGACAUGAGACUCCAGUACCUCCCCAACCACCCAAGCCAAUUCGUGCACGAAGUUUCAUGAUUCAAUCACAGAGACAAGCUUCAUUUAGCGGUCCGAUACCUUACGCAUUAUCCUCUUCACUCCCAGUUUCUUCUAAAAGCGGUCUUGAGUGCUCAAGCAUGUCAACAGAGUCAACUUGGAGAGACCGACUAUGAGGCGAGCUCUUCAUAAGUUUGUGUGAUCGUCAAGCUAUAUACUGAUGGCUAUGUAUACUUGCCACCUGUUACGAGUCACCAGAGGUAGCAUUCAUCUGCCUUCAUGCUGUUCAUCGAGCAUCAGUUCAGUUGUUACAUGGAUUGAUACCAUCAGAUGCUGCCUUUCAUGCAUACCUGUUGGAACAGUUGUCUGAGGACUAGACUGGUCUUUUAACUGUUCAUAUUUGUAUUAGCCGCAUAAAUAUUUAUAGUAGGUACAGGCAUUCUAUCAAGAAUCACUUGUUACAUGGAUUGAUACCA